GGCAGUAUGUUGGCAUCUCCAGAACAAAAAAUCUUUCUCAGACAAAGGUGCAGCUAGAAGUUUGGGUCAUUCCGAAAUGAAGGUACAUGUGCACACAAAGUUUUGCUUUGUUUGUUUGCUGACAGUUGUGCUUCAUCACUGCAGUCACUGCCAUGAAAAUGGACAUAAGCAUGGUCCAGAUGAGGAUAAUCAUUUGCAUGACCACAGUGACCAUCAGAUUUCAGUGGAGCCAUACUUGACACACAAUGAUUUAAGUUCUGACCAGACUGUAUUUUUCGCUUCACUGGCAGAAAAUGAGCAGAGACAUUUUAUUGAACAAAUUUUCAAACGUUAUGGGAAGAAUGGGCGUCUGUCAUUUAAUGGUUUAGAACUGCUUUUGAAAAACAUUGGACUUGGUACAAUAAAAGUUGUGGAAAUUGAACAUGAAGAUAUCGGACAUGACCAUAUGUCUCACUUAGACCUUUUGGAAGUACAGGAAGGAAGACAUUCCCAUGUGCAUUCCCAUGCUCACACUGACAAUCAGACCUUGGACAACACUCAUUCAGUAAGUUCUUCAUGCAGUCAUCAAAAGCACAGCCCAGAAGGUUCAUUAGAAAAAGUCACUGCUCACAAUUCCCAUAACCAUACUCGUACAUCUGAUCACUUUCACAAUAACCAAGACGACCACCACCACCACCACCAUCAUCAUCAUCAGAAUCAGCAUCAUAAUUCUACUGUUCCUACUUUUAAUGUAUCCAGCAAUCAUAGCGAGCAUGGAGAAGCAUCUUCAGAACGUGAAACUAUUUUUAGACAGGAAAGGAAGAAGAAAAAACACAGAAAUAAACACAAAGGAAAUAAGAGAAUUCCAGCUUCCACAGAACCUUCUAAAAUACCAGAUGUACUGCAUUUGAAUGAUCAUGAUAACAUUUAUGAACAUAGCCAUGAUCCAGUGGAUGACGGCAUAGAAGGACAUAAUUCUGGUUUUGUGGAUAUGGAAACACACAGUCGUGUGAUUCAGUUACCUACUGAAAAAAACAUUCACAAUCAUAAUGCUGAAAUGGACAUGCACCACAAUCACAAGAGGGAAGUACCAGUUAUUCAGAAUAGUUUUGUGACUAUUGCUGAUUCUUCUGCACAUGAUCAUGAAGAAGAGCACAGUGAGUGCUUGAAUGUUACACAGCUUUUGCAGUUUUAUGGAUUCAGUUCAAGUCCUUCAAUUUCACAGCAGCAGUUCACGUACCUAUGUCCUGCUUUACUGUACCAGAUUGACAGUAGAGUCUGCAUCAGACAUGAGUCUGAAGUAAAUAUAAAGAAUCCAGAGGCAGGACCUGGUAUAACAGCCUGGGUAUGGGGCAUAGUUUCCAUUACCAUCAUCAGCCUUCUAUCACUUGUGGGUGUAAUCCUGAUUCCUAUAAUUGAACAAGGGUGCUUCAAGUUCAUGCUGACCUUUUUGGUGGCAUUAGCCGUUGGAACAUUGAGUGGAGAUGCGCUUCUCCACCUUCUGCCUCAUUCACAAGGAGGACAUGAUCACAGUCAUGCUAGUGGACAUGAAGAAGAUGAAAAUCUCCUGACAAAGCACAAUGCAAUGUGGAAAGGGCUUAUGGCUUUGGGCGGAAUUUACUUGCUGUUUAUCAUUGAACACUGUAUCAGUAUGUUCAAGCGCUGGAGAGAGAGAAAGGUGAAAAAGAAGUGGAUUAGAAUAAAACAACAGGGAGAAGGGUCAGCUAUAGGCCGGAAACUUUCUGACCACAGACUGAAUCGUGUAUCAGAUGCUGAUUGGCUUCAUCUGAAACCUUUGGCUGGACCAGAUGAUUCAGCUCUUUCAGAUGAUAAGCAUAAUACAACAGAAAUGACAGUCCUGGAUGGCCAGCCAAAGUCUCCUUCAAGUAAGUCAUAUUCUUUAGAGGCUGAAAACAUAUCACAGCAGCCUGUCAAGAACUCUCAUUCUGCUGAUGACUUACAUGAAGAAAAAGAAAAUCUGGACAGUUACAGAGGAGGCAAAGUCAUUUCAAGGAAUCCUAAGCAUCAUCGACGUCAUUCCCACCAUUCUCAUGGACAUUGCCAUUCUGCAAAAGAUAUGAAAGACACCGGAAUUGCUAGCAUUGCUUGGAUGGUAAUUAUGGGAGAUGGAAUGCACAACUUCAGUGAUGGAUUGGCAAUAGGUGCUGCUUUCAGUGCUGGUCUAACAGGAGGAAUCAGUACUUCUGUAGCUGUAUUUUGUCAUGAGCUUCCUCAUGAAUUGGGUGACUUUGCUGUGCUUCUUAAGGCUGGGAUGACAGUAAGGCAAGCUAUUGUAUAUAACUUGCUGUCUGCUAUGAUGGCAUAUGUAGGUAUGUUGAUAGGAACAGCUGUAGGACAGUAUACAAGCAACAUCACCCUCUGGAUCUUCGCCAUUACUGCUGGGAUGUUUCUGUAUGUUGCACUGGUAGAUAUGCUUCCUGAAAUGCUGCAUGGUGAUGAAGAUGAAGGACGCUGUCAGAUGGGGCACUUUGUUCUACAGAAUUUUGGGGUGCUUCUUGGAUUUAGCAUCAUGCUGCUAAUUGCCAUCUAUGAAGACAGAAUCCUGAUUAACAUCUGAGCAGUUUUGGAAUGGCUGGUCUCUGUACUUGUCCAAAUGUUUGCCAUAUGCUGCAUAAGUUAGGGAUGACAACUACAGAAAUGACUGUAACUUGCACUUAUGGCAUAUGUAUAGAGCUUACAUUUUCUUUCCAGCCAUAGCUUUAAACGUGAUACAUUCCUAAAUGAAGUGUAUCUUAGAUCUAAGAUGUUAUCUUAAGUGAAACAUCUUCACUCUGAGAUGCUUUUGCCAUCACUGCAGAAAAAUGUGUGCACUUGUAACAGCUGUAAUCUGUGAUAUUUUGAGAACAUACUCAUAAAGGUGUUUUGUAGUCAAAACAUGAAAAAAGUAACUAGACUUCAAAAUGAUACUUUACAAAGUGUUUAAUGAUGUCUUUUCCCCAAAGGUGAAUUUCUUCCAAAUGUGCAUGGAUGAAUGUAAAGGUGUGCCUUGCUGUUGUUGAAUUCAAGACCAGAUUUAAAGUUGUACUUGGAACAUAACAGAAUGCUAAAACUGUAGCUGUGUAUUUACAGUACAUUAACUGUAUUUUACUUUCAGAAAAAUUUCUGCAUAACUUAUGAUUUUUUUCAUGUGUGGUCGUCAUAAUUGAGUUGUUCAGCAGUGUAUAACCAUAUUAAUAUAAAUAUUGCUUGGUUAGCAUUUGUAAUGAAACAGCAGGUACCCAUCUGUUAUCUGUAGUUUAGGAGUAAAGUAUAAAAAAUAUGAUUCUAGCACAGGUCAACAGUUCCAUAAAAUAAUGGCCCAUUUCUUUUAUUUAGGGAUGUAUAUAUGACACAAGCCUUCCCCAGUCAAAAUAUAAACUUGUGGUUGAAAGUUACUGUGUCUAAUUUUACACAGUAUUGACACUGGAAUACCGUACUGGGGAUGGUCUUAUUCAAUAUAGCCUCAAGUAUACUCAUUGUUUUGCAUACGAAGGUUAGGGUAAGCUUACCUUUGAAUGGGCUCUUAUGGGUCAACCUGUCUUUGAAUGAGUCCUCUCUUUUAUUCAACAUUGUCACCUUUUUUUUUUUUUACUGUGCCUAAAACUGAGUAGGAUGCAAGGCUUAAUUAUCAGUCAACUGUUAUUCUCUGGUAUUUGCAAGAACCCAUUUUAAUUCAGUUUCACUUUGUUGUAUUGUGAAUGUAUGUAUCAGUGUGUGUGCUUAUUUCUACAGUGUAUAGUAUUCUGUUAUCCUGUCACAGUAUGCGCACACAGUUACAGAACAGUCUAGCAAAUUCAGAAACACAGUUUAAGAAAGUAUUUGUGUUUAUUUUUGUAAUUACAAAAAAUCUCUUGGGGAAUGAGGAUAACAGUGUAUAGAGGUGGCAUAGGUCUAAAUAACGUCAUCAUUCUGGCAUGUAGUUAUCACUGAAAGACACAUUUGUUAGUGGUCCUUCUGCUGCUGUGUAUAAGUGCCCAUUUUUACUUUAGUGGUAAAGCUUGGCAGAUGUGCUUAUGUUAAACAUUUUUCAAAGUACUAUAUUAGACAUCAGAAUGAGUUCUGUACAUACUGUAUUUUCACGACUAACUGGUAAAACACUAUUCUUUACUGAAGUAGAACAUGACAUACCACAUACUGUAAAUUGAACUGAGCUGCUGUAUGCUGUGCUAAUGACAUAACUAUGAACUUUCUGAUGGCAGUGUUGUGAGCCAUGUAGUAAGUAGUUUGCUAUACUCUCUGAAGUAAAUUUACCUGUGUCUUAUUCCAACAUGCUUAGUAUAGCAUCUGUAUACUUUCCCUUUUACUUUAUCGAGUGUACUCUUACAACACUGACAAGCAUGUUUAACUUUGUUCAUUUUUGUUUAUAUUCUUUCCUUAUACCCUUAUCUAGAAUUUGCAUUUCAAAGCGUUAUGGUGGCAAAAUGGUGCCAUGGUCAGUAUUGCUACCACACAGCACUUGGUUUUCCUGUGACAUUCCUGGCAGGGGUAUCUUUUGUGAGUAGUCUGCAUGCCAUCCCUCUGGGUUCUCACCAAGGUCUCCAGAUUCCUUUCAUAAGCCAGGCAUAACUAAUAGGUGACUUGGCAAGCUUCUGAAGUACCUAUAGGGGUGUGUAUAUCCUGGAGUGGAAUGUGGUACCCUCCAAGAUUGGUUCCAUGUCUUGCACAAGCUGAGUGCUGAAACAGGCCUAGAGUCCCACCACCAUCUUUAGUAGAUAAAUAAAUGAAAGGCAUUUACUUAAAUUUUGGCAAGGUUUGUAAAAUGCAACUUAAAUAUUCUGUUUAAAAAGGACAAAUUGGGCCAGCUGUCCUAAGAGGGCUGGCUUUAUUCAUGGUCAAACAAAUAAAGAAUUUAUCCCUGAAGGUACAUUUUGAGAAACAAGAGAAUAGCCACUAUCUGAAGUUGUAAAGAUGCUGUGAUUUAAGCUUUCCUAGAACAUGGAUUUAACACAAGCACAUAUUGGGUUUGCAGCAUCACUCUUGUAUUUCAUAAAGUGGUGUUGAAUAUAUCUGUGCCUUCUUAACAGUUAAGUAAAUUUUAAGUAUUGGUUUGGUCACUAUAUUUGACUUGAUAUUAUAAGCCCAUAUGAAAGAAAACAGAUUAAAGCAGUGGCUCAGACUGUAAAAGAACAUCUUUUUCCCUUUGAACAGAUUUUAUUUUUAGUCUUGCAGCAUUUUUACAUUAGGAAGCUUCAUGUUUUCAUAGUUCCUGUUUCAUUUUGUAAAAGUGACAGUAUUUUUCCUGACUUUACAGUAUGUUGUACCUCAUGACUUUGUGUGUUCUUUUCCUUAGAAUCAGUUUUAUGUACAUUACAAAAUAUUCAUAACCUGGAACAUGCUGCAAAGUUAUGUGCUAUUGUUUAUUGUAUGGCGCCUGCUGUUGUUUGUUAAAGCCUCUGCCAGUAUUUCAUUGCCAAAUUGAUGUUUAUGUUGUUUACAUUCAUUUUUUACAGCAUUCUAAAAGAAACUAACAUUGCACAGCAAUCAACAUUCCAUGAUAUCUUGGUACAAGAUUGUUGUCUUGCAAAAUUAGUAUAUGCUUCUUAGAGAUGUUCUUUAUGCUUCACUGUUGCAUUCAUAAGCAAAGGGUCUCUUCUGCAAGCUAAAUCCAGUUUCUGGCCAGUCUUCUCUAGAGAUGAAUAUCCCUUCUCUCUUGCCAGGCUGAUUGUCUUUCUUCAGACUCUGGCAUAUCCUGGUAGAAGGUUGGCAUCUCUCCACACCAAAUUCAGUUCUUUUUUGCAGCAGGUGUGUGUACACAUCAUUUCAAGUAAACAUUGUAUGUCAGUCUGGCAUCAGCGUAUGCCAAAGUGCACAUCAGACUGAGCAAAAAAGUACCUGGUAAGGGGACAUGUUCUUUUAACUUUGUUACUAGUGAUAAGUUCAUUGAGCUGAUGUUCGGACAUGCCAAGGUCCAUAUGAUAUGCCAACCCCAUGAAAGAAAACAAGAGCACUUAGGAGGCAUAUUACACAAGAAGACAUCCAUGAUCGGUGGCUAUACUGCCCUGGCACAGAACACAGUUUCCCAAACUGUGAGAACUGUAAAGGGGUUCCUUGCAAGUCAACAAGGAAAGGAGAAUUCACUUUGCACUCAUAAAACUGUAAAAAGUGUCAAAAUGUCUGCAUCAGCUGCAGAGAUGCAGCAGCAGGGACAUGUAGACUUUCAACAAAAAAAAAAGAAAAAUCAUAUUGAGGUUGAAGUGCAUUCAGGAGAAGGAAGAAACUCCAAAACAAGAAAAUAUUGAGGUUGAAGUGCAUUCAGGAGAAGGAAGAAACCCCAGAACACUCUGGUUCCCAGAUGUGUAGCCCCCAUCCAUAUUAUCCACUUUUUCCAAAACCUCUGAUGCUGCCUCUCUGGAGGCCAUCAUGUUGUCAAUUUCUUUUGUGGUUCUUCCAGACUGAACGUAUAAUAUUGUUGACUGAGGCAGACAUUGCCUCCCUCCCAAUGUCUGAUUUGCAGUUCUGCCUACUAAAUUGAAAGAAGAUGGAGGUGCCCCUUUUGUUUUAGCUAUAUAUAUUAGUUAAAGAGGACAUCUGCAUUUGGAUAUUGGAGUCUAGGGAUAUCCUCUGUAAGACUACCAGACAGGUAGCUGCUACAAAACAAAGACUGCCUAUGUCCAAAGUUAGGGUGCCAGCUGCAUCUCAAUGGAUGCUAUUCACAUCCACUCCACCAGACCUCCCUUGAAUGGUGCAGGCUGACUCAGAAUUUUCUGAACCUUAUACAAAGCAAACAUUUAGAUGGUGACCAGCCCUGUGUCUGGGAUCCCUUCUGUGAAAUGGGAAGGGGGUCUCUCUCUCUCUAGAGAGGUUAGGACUCCAAUGACUCUGAGGAGGAUCUGGAUUACACAAUCCAUAUUUUUCCUGUCUAAAUUAUGAUACAGAUGAAGAGGACGCUGUGUUCCCUGUGUCUCCCCUAAAGGACGUUUUAUUUGGGAAGACUGUGACUUGUCAGAGUACAUUUCCAAGGGCAGUCUAGAGAGACUUAUACAUCCCAUAAGAGAUGCACAGACUUCCUGGGACUGGGGACCCUAAGCCUGAAGCUUUUUCUCUACUGCAGUAAAUCCUACUAGAUAUUUCUGAAGUAGUAUAUUUGAAACCAGACUCAUAGCUCUCACUCCAAAAUGACUUGGCUGUUUUUAUAAGGUGGAAGACCUUCACUCAUUCCUGUACAAGAAAACAGUGGUAGAUCCAGUGUUCCUGGAUACUGCUAAGGAGCUAAAACACUUCCUGGGACUGGGGACCCUAAGCCUGAUGCUUUUUCUCUACUGCAAUAAAUCCUACUAGAUAUUUCUGAAGUAGUAUAUUUGAAACCAACCUCAUAGCUCUCACUCCAAAAUGGCUUGGCUGUUUUUAUAAUGUGGAAGACCUUCACUCAUUCCUGUACGAGAACACAGUGGUAGAUCCAGUGUUCCUGGAUACUGCUAAGGAGCUAAACUGGUUCCAGAGGACAGCACACUUCUCAAUGACUAGAAAGGUAUACUUACUGACCACUUUUGCGAAGAAAGUUUACACAGUAGCAACUCUUCCCUUCAUAGUUGUGAACUAUCAAACUCCCACAUGAUUAAGGUGUCAGGGUGACCUUAUGAAGGAAAUCCUGAAAGAGGGGGGGGGGAUAUGUGAUGAGUUGAUGAAGGCAAACAUCACGAGUCAGCUCCAGGCCAUUAUGUAGGUUAGGAGGAAAGCAGUAAAAUGUGCUGCUAUAGAUGCAGCACAUAGGGUUAGUGCAUUUGGGCUGGUCACUAGGAAGUAAUGAACAGGAAUUAUACUGAAAAAUUGUAGUUAUAAUUUCUGGAUUUCAUCUCUCAAAAAUGAAAAUUCUUUUUUUUUUUUGAGAAAUAUAAAUCAGUAUCCUGUUUCAUGUCCCUGUACAAAAAUUUCACAAACCUUGUUUUAGAUGUAUUCCAGUAGACCAACGCUAUCAGUUUACUUCCUUGCCCUUUGGAUUAGCAAGUGCACCUAGAGUAUUGUCAGAAUCUGUGGCUGCAGAAAUUGUUUACUGGAAAACAAAUGCAUUCAUAUAAACAUCUUCCUGGAUGCUUGCUUGAUUAAAGGCUCAUCCAGGAUGAGGUACAUAAAGCCCAUCUGUAUACCCUGCAGUACUUCUUUAGGACUAUCUUUGAACUCACUGAGAUUGAAUCUGACCCCAGCCAAAACUGCAGGCUUCUUGAAACAGUACUAGAUUUCACAGCAUCCAGUUCUUCAUAUUCCAGGAGAAGGAGGAAGCCUUAAUUAUCUCUUUCACAGGCAUAACUCUGAGGACAGAAGUUACAACCAGAGAAUUCCUAGGGUCUUUAGGAUGCAUUGAUUCCACUAUAAUGAUGGUCCCAUUGGCCAGACUGCACCUGAAGUGUCAGUGUUUCUUGAAAAAUACUUGGAAACAAUGCAACUAAUCACCAGUGUCACCUCAUUACUGCCGUAUGUGAGGAAGGAGUUAGAAUGGUGGAUGACACAAGUAACAGGAACAUGGGAAUACCCUUCAGAGAACUGCCACCUACACAGACAUUAACCACAAAUACUUCAGAUGUAGCUUGGGGGCGCAUACCCAGAACCACAAGGUACAAGGGCAACCCAGAACUUCAAGGUACAGGAGUUUGUAGCCACAGAAAGUAGAAAAGGCACAUAAAAAAAAUAAAAUGAUUGCAGCUUUUCAGGCUGUCAGGGCUUUCAAGCCAUUAUGGAAGUCAGGAGUCCCGAUUGUGAUCAGAGAAAAUAAAACAGUCAUUUUGCAUGUAUAUAAGCAAUUGGACACACAUUCCUGUCCUCUAAAUUACCCUUGCAGGCUUGGGAGGACACUCAAGCAGUACAGAAGUCUCUGAUGACUUCCUACAUGCCCACUCACGAAAACUCCCUGAUAGACAGUUUGAGCAGGAAAAUAGCAGACCUCCCCCCAAGUAAAUGCUGAAUCCAGAACAUUCUUGGACCUUACAGCCAGAUGGGGAGGACCAGAAAUAGACCUUUGCUAAAACAGAGAUCAGACAGCUGAGGAUGUUCUGCUCCAAAGCCUCACACAGACAGGCUUGAGCAGCAGAUGCCAUCUCACAGAGCUUGUCAGGUCUGUUUCUCAAUACCUUUCCUUUAGUACCAUAACCGAACUGACAAGCUAGAAAUUAUCUUGAAUGCCCCAAGUUGGUCAUGGCAACACUUAAUUCUCAAGCAGAUAGUAGGGGAGAUUCUUCUUUUACCCCCAGCAUAUGGGUCUCGUGAUGCAGCUCAGGAGGUCCCUUCAACACCUAAACAUGACCACAAUUAGAUUAACAGCAAAGAUUUGACCUCAUUACCCUUUGGGUAUCUUUAGUCAGAGGAUGUACAAAAAUUGAGGGAUACUAUAAAAUCAUACCUAGCAAAGCAGGAGAGAUCUUCUUCCUGGUGUCAGAGCAGAAGCCAAGACCCUAAAGGAGCACGUUUCUUGUGCUGCAGGACCUGACUUGUUUGCCUUGGGUCUAACAUAUGCAUCACUUAAGCACUUGUCAGCCGUUUUUUUACCAAUCUGCCAGUGGAUCCAUCUUUAGCUACAAAGAUUCCAGUCAGACAGUUUGUGGAGGACAUCCUGCACCUUAGACCACUCAGGAAGAGAUUAACUGUAGCCUGGGACCUAAUGUUUGUUUAAAAAACAAUAGCAUUCCCCUUCCCCCUUUGGAACAAUCCCAUAAUGCUCACCUCUGAUUCCUUCCUUGGAAAGCUGCUUCCUCCAUUAUGUCUGCCAGGGGGGGGGGGGUCCCUGAGAUCCAAAUCCUGGUGUGCAAAGAGCCAUUUUUACAUUUCCAUGAAGAAAGACGGACCCUGCAAAAGCCAAUUCCCCUUUCAUGCCAAAGGCAAAAAAACAGAAGCUUCAUUGAACUAGGCUAUGCAACUCCCAAUUUUUCUUCCCAUACCCUAAAAACAAAGGAUUAAGGAUUUCACGUAAUUUGGAUGUACAUAAGCAAAUUAAAUUUUACCCGGACUGAAUCAAGGGCAUAAGAAAAUUUGACCAACUGUUCCUAGCUUUUUGCUGCCAAAGAGAGAAAGCAUACCAGUUCCAAAACGAACUCUUACUAAAAGGCUGGCAAAACUGUAUUACCUUUUAAUACAAAUAUAACACAAGUUUACCUGGAAAGAUAAAGAUUCAUUCUGCCAAGAGCACAACUACGACAACAGCUUUAAUUAGAAGUAAGUACAGAUAUUUUAGAAGCAGACACCUGAUCUUCAGGUCCAUGAGUUUCCUAUACAAUAGGCUGGACUUGAUUUCCAAGAGUAAGACUCGUUUUGCUUCUUCUGUUUUGAUGGGCCUGCUCCAGUCCUCAUCUUCAUUUGCACUGUAGGAACAGCUUUGAAAAUCUUCCCUUUGUUCAUGACCACAAUAAUGAAAUACACAAAAGAGCGCAAUAUAGCUAAUUUACCAUAAUAGUUAAUAUCUGUGCUUGUGUUCAUUGUUGCAGUCUUGUUUCACUACCACUAUCCCCUUUACUGGACAGGUGAGGUGUCUAUGUCCCCCCCCCUUUCUUUUUUUUUUCUUUUUCCCUUACUCAGUAUUCUAUUUCCUUUUUGUCCAGUCUGUCUUGGAAGCCUACAUUCCUUUGUUGCCUCUCUGAACCUUACUAAGCAAAUAGGUUUCAGGAGGUUGCAAUGCUGUCAGCCUCAGAUGAGGCAAGACAGAAGUAACAGUUAACUAAGAACAGAUGGAUGACACUUUUACAUCAAGAUAUGAUGAUAUGUAGGAAGGUAGCAUCAGCCUGGCACAUUGCAGAUAACUGACUAAGCCUGCAACAGUGAACAAGCUUGAACAUUAGCACUGUGGUAAGUUACCUACUUAGUUCAAUGUUAUCAAGUGUUAGCCUGCAUUAUUGUUUUGUCACUGUGUGACAUUCUUUCCAGCUUUGAUGUAGACCAUCGCAACUGCUUUGUAUUUGAUCACCUGUGAUUAUGAAGUAUUACUUACAUUUGUUAUUAAUGCUGAGAAUAACUCUUCCAGUUAUGUGUUUGUAAUUAAACAUGAAACAAAGAGUACUGGUGCAUUUCAUUUGAAAAUAAACUGUAAUGGCUGUGAUGUUAGUCUGCA